CUUGUGUGCGGUUGAAUUAGUUCCUCGGCAUGUCUUCUCACAAGACUUUCAGGAUCAAGUGGUUCUUGGCCAGGAAGCAAAAGCAGAAUCGUCCCAUCCCCCAAUGGAUUCAGAUGAAAACUGGUGGUAAAAUCAGGUACAACUCAAAGAGAAGACAUUGA